AUGGGCAUCCCAAAUCUUCUCCGAUUCGUGAAGCCGUACAUCCAACCCAUCCACAUCAAGAAGUACUCCGGCAAGCGCGUAAUGGACGAAUCCCAGUUGUGUCUUACUGCAUUUGCUUUCUCUCUCUCUCUCUCUUCCGGCAUUCAUGUUUAAAGAACUUUUUGUUUGGUUUUUUCUGAUGAUCAGGUGGGCAUUGAUGCUUACUCAUGGCUCCACAAAGGCGGUGAGUGCUACUUUGCCGGUUAAGUAAAUAUCUCUGACGGGUCUGAACCUUGAGGAGAAUGUCGUUAUCAGGUGGGUCUAUUUGGGUUGAAAUCUGUCUUUCUUUUUUGAGGGGCUUUCGGCAGCUUACUCUUGCAGCAUGGAGCUCUGUCUCAAUAAGCAAACUGAGGCAGCCAGGCGCUACCUCCGGUACUUCAUGCACCAUAUCAACCUACUCCGGCACCACGACAUUAAGCCAGUUGUAGUCUUUGAUGGUGGUGACAUUCCCUCCAAGUCCUCCACCGAGGAUGCCCGCAGCAGGUAAGCUGCUACACAAUCAUUUGUCUUAAUUUUCUCCCUUUCAAUUUUAGCCGAAUGCAUUAUUUAGGCCAUAAUGCCUGGAUUGGAGGUGGAAUUUUGUUUCCUGAUCAAACAAGCACUAAGAGACUGAUUAAUUGUUUACCUUGGAUCCCAAGGAUUGGACUCUCUGGAAGGAGACGAUCCAGCGAGAUCUGACCAUUAUUGCCACCUGAUAUUAAUAUCUGGAUUUGAAAUAUGUCUAAUCAGGAAGAGGCACGAGAAUCUGGCUUUGGCGAAAGAAAAACUUGAAGAAGGGAAUGCCCAGGCUGCCAUUGAUUGUUUUCAGGUAAUGUCUCUCUGCCAGAACACUACACUCGUCCAUGUCAGUCUAUGUCCAUCCACAUUUUACGGCAUGGGGUGCGUCUUCACAAUUUUGACUUUAGAGAGAGAGUUGCAAUGAAGAACAGGCUAGCAAUAUGUUUUGCGACUUGUUUUCCAACGUAUGCAUGACAUGAAUGAGAAAAAAAGUUUCUCGAGCAUCAAUGUAAAGUUUCGAUUUAUGUAGGAAAUAUUCGCUUACAAAACGGCGGUCACUUUAAAAACCUGUGCUAAUGGUUGUAACCAAUGAUGUCUAAUGGUUUACUUUGUUUUAUCUUGGGUGCUAAUUGAAAAUUUCCUGAAAGUAAUGCCACUCUUAUUGUAAUUUUUUUCACACCAAUAUAUCCUUUACAUCCUGGCAUAACGAAAAAAAUUGAGUAUACUCAGAUUUUCGUGAUUUUAUGCCCACUUUUUGUGUCAGCAGUUUAAGAGUCAAAUAUUGCACUUUCCCUGCCUUUAUUUACUAAUUUUUAUAAACUGUAGCUAGCUGAUUCAAAAUAGAGAGGUUAUGUUCAAGGUUGAUAUCAUAAUUCUAAUAAAUGGUCAGUGGAUCUCGCAGAACGCUGCUGGAUUUAUGCUGUUGUUUUUAUGUAACAAUGGCAGAGCGCUAUUGAUUCACCUUUUUUGCUUGAAAAUUUGAACAUUGUUACUGUUUCUUUCGCUUAUAAUUACUGGUGCAAUAACCAUAUACUGGGCACCAGUGCUUUAUUCCUGCUGUUUGCGCUUAUUUGACCAGCGAGUUGAUUUCUGAUGUAUGCGUACUAAUUUCCAAUUCCAUCCUUUUCAUUUUAGAGAGCAGUUUCCAUCUCUCCAGAAAUGGCACAUCAGUUAAUCCAGGUAAUACUUCCAGCAAAAUGACUGAUCAAGUUACUGAGUGUUUUCGUGCAUCUAAAUAAUUUUCCUCUAAUUUUUUUUUCCAGGUUUUGAGGGUUGAGAAUGUAGAAUUUGUCGUCGCUCCCUAUGAGGCCGAUGCACAAUUAGCAUACUUGUCCAGCAUUGACGCCCAGGAUGGAGGAAUAGCAGCUGUAAUAACAGAAGACAGUGACUUAAUGGCCUAUGGUUGCCCGGCAGUAAGAUUUUCUACAAAUAGAGACAUGUGAAAAGCUGUUUGUAUAUUUACCUUCACAUUUUCUGAGGUUCUCAAUCUUAUCUUGUUUAAAUGUUGGCUUUGAAAUAGAUUAUAUUUAAGAUGGACCGUCAUGGGAAUGGUGAUGAGAUUAUAAUGGAUGAAGUUCUCAAUUCUUCAAGAAAUGGUCUUUCCUUCCAACAUUUCGAUAAGGAAUUAUUUACAGGUAAUUAAAUGCUUUAAGUUAUUCAUUUUGGAUUAUUUAACUAGCUUGAGUGAAUAUUUCUGAACAUUUAGACUAUCCUUUCUGUCUAUGGAAAUGUGAAGCGGUUCUGAAGUUCUUUUUAUCCCUGUCGAAAACCAUGAAGCCUUUUUGUCUGGUACAAUUUAAUAUCUUCCCUGCUCGGAUAUCAAUGAGCGUUGCUGGAUUUCUUCAAAAGGACACUCUAUUGUUCUAUCCAAAUGAAUUUUCUUUGCUAUUAGCUAUUAACCAUAUGCAUUUCUUCUUUCAACUUUAUCGGCAGGAAUGUGUGUACUAGCUGGCUGUGACUUCCUCCCAUCUGUUCCAGGGAUUGGCAUUAAACGGGCUUAUUCCCUUGUCUCAAAAUAUAGAACCAUCGAUCGGGUAAGACUUUUAUUGUAUUUUGUAUAUACAAUUAUCAUCAGAUUGAUGUUCGUCUGAGGAAAAAUGUAGCUUUCUUUUAGUGCAAGUAUGUCCUUUUCCUGUAACAUUUUGAUGGAGUAUACUAGGAAAAUGAUAUUUCCAUCAAAUCAUAUGAUAAUUUUUCCAUUAAUAAUUGAAGUAUGGACCAACUUAUUCAGAUCCUUACCCUUCUACUUCAUCUGUAGGCUUUGUCAGUCUUGAGCUCUGAAAAGGCUUCUAUCAUGCCUCGAGACUACUGCAGUUCCUUCCAGAAAGCCAUUGCAAUCUUUCAUCAUGCUCGGAUGUAAAGAAGUUUGGAUCGAUGUGCUUGUACAUUUUCUUGAAUAUUCCUCUCAUACAUGUAUAACUUACAGUUUUAUUCUCCAGAUAUGACAUCAAAAGUAAAAAGGUCGAGCCGAUGAAGCCUCUGCCAGAUGCACUUCUGCAAGCUUUACAUGGAGAUCUGGACUUUCUUGGACCGUAUCCUUCGGCAAUCCUUUUUCAUAUACGCUAGCUGAAUGCAUUCUUAUUUAAACCUCGACUUUUAUGAGAAAUAUAAAUUGCAAGUUAAAGUGAACUCUGUGAUUCAUAUCAUUUAGUAAUAAGGCUUUUAUGCCAAUGAUAUCGCAGCCGCAUUUAUUUAACUUUUUUCGCGACAAUAUUAAUUACAAUUAUUUUUAAUUCAUAAAAAACUUCAGCCCAGUAGACCAUUUAACAAAUAUAUUAUCCUAAAUAUUGAUAACAAUUCCGUCAGUAUCACAGCCAAACCUUUCUGUUGUAGAUGUUGUCUUAACAUGUAAAUUACACAAGAGAGCUUCCCCCAUCCAUAGCAAUUGCUAUUGCUGAAGGUCUCUUGAAUCCUAUCACGAUGGAGCCUUUUGAUCACUUACCGGCAUCUGAUAUCCAGUCAAGCUCAACUGCUGACCAAGAUUUUAACGACAGUCCGGUUAUCUUAGAGAUAACACCCACGAAGGAGAGUUGUUUCACUAUAUUUUCAGCAAAGGAAGAGGCGGAAGAGAAGAAGACUACAGGCAAGCUUGCUUACCAGUACUUUUGGAAUUUAUUAUCGAAAUUCUGUCAGAUGUCAGGCUGUCAAUGAGCCUGACCUGAUUUUCUUUUCUAAGGCCAAAUGUGGUAGAAAAGUAUGGAAAAACUGGUUAAGUGGCAGAGAUGUGUAUUUUCUAAAACCAGCAACUACCCAUUUGCUGGAUGGCUUAUUGAUCUCUUUCCAUUCUUCCACUCCUGAUGAUAAUCUUUGACUUGGACAGUUCCAUGGGAGACAUGCUUGGACAGCAACAAGUAUUUUCAUGAAGCUCUUGCGCUCCGAAAGUUGUCAGCACCAACAGCUUGCUACCACAGCAAAUCAGAGAAGAUAAUAGAGCGAGGAGAUCUCCCCAAGAAUAAUCCCUUCAAGAGGAGGAAGUUACCAGCCAAUUCAGGGGAGGCUGUGAGCAUAGGUGAAGAAAAAGUCCCAGCACUGGCCGAUCCACGGGAGGUGGGCAUUGACCAAGUCUCAAUAUUGACUGAAGUAGACCUUGUAGAUGAAAUUGUGUGUGUUACAACAUCAGAGGUGGAUAUUGAAGCAGAGCCCACUGGAGUGAUGGGAGUCAGCAAAGUGGAGAAGAAAUUGAGUGCGAAGAACAAGUGUCAGGCCAUGGGUAGUGGCAGAAAUAGCAUUCUUAGAUUUUUUAACCGUUUGUAA